GUCGUCUUUUAAGAUGAUGCUGUACUAAUGCUCCUUGCGCAACCAGGCCUCUGUUUUUCCUGUCGCAGUAAAUUAUCACUCAUAGAAUUAUCAUACAAGCAUUGAUGGUAACGCACUUCGCAAGCCCAAGCAAACCCGUCCCGACUCGCCAUCCGCUGGCGAAUGGGUAACGGGCUUUGCAGCGGCAACAAUAGCUCUAGUGACCACGAAUCAUCUAUUAGAUCACCUGACGCUUCUGCUCCACAGCCCGGACGUCCGGACCGUGAUAGCCAGGCCGGAACAGCACCAGCUGUUCCAUCAGUAGAAUCAAGGAACCCACCAGCACCAGCAAGACAAGCUGACCAACCCGCUCAGGCUCAAGAAGAAGCAGGAGGGGGACCGGGAGCAUCAACCUCAACAGGGGCAGCACCGGCUGCGACAGCAGCAGCAGCAUCUGCGUCACCAUCGGUAUUGCAUCAAGAGGAGUCUCGCAGGCCCCUCAUGGCUUCCACAGCUGCCCAUAAAAAAGCAGCGGAGGAGCUCAAAGCCGCGGGAAAUGUGUUAUUCGGCAAGGGCAAGUACGCAGCAGCCAUAGAGAAAUACACCGAGGCCAUCACGCUAUGUCCCGACUUGGCCGUCCUCUUCGUGAAUCGCGGUAUGGCGGCACGUAAACGCGGCGACUGGGCGCGUGUGGAGGCGGAUGCUGCCAGUGCCUUGGGGCAGGGACCCGGCGAGCGGGAUGCCAUGAAGGCGCACUACUUGAUGGGUCUCGCGUUGGGGGCGCGGGGGGCGCAUGAGGGGUCCAUGAAGCACUUGAGAAAGGCGUUAGACGCGGCUCGCGAGGCCAACGACUCGAUCAAGGAUGAGAUCUGGCGCGAGCUGGCAACCGCCAACUACCAGCACUGGCAGUCUGAAAGCGCUGCGAGGAGGGAGCAGCAUGCGCUGCUGCGGCGGCAGCUGGCGGAGCUGUUGUUGCGGACGGGGGGGACGACGACACCAACGCCGGCUGCUUCCGAGGCCCCCCGGGGUGCCCCCGAGCCCCCCCUGCCCCCCGACUGGGCCGAGCUCUUCCGCGCAGCCGCCUGUCAGGACCAGCCGCGGGAGGCGCCCUCGCAGUUCACUUGCCCCCUCACCAUGGAGAUAUUCCGCGACCCAGUGGUCACCCCCAGCGGCCGCUCCUACGAGCGCAGUGCGCUGCUGGAGCACCUCAAAAAGGUGGGUCGCUUCGACCCCAUCACCCGCCAGCCGCUGUGUGAGGAGCAGUGUGCGCCCAACGUGUCGCUGCGAGCCGCCAUCGAGGGCUACCUGGAGGAACACCCCUGGGCGUGGGGGGAGG